ACAUUUUGAUAAACGUUCAACUUGUUUGCAAUAGUCUUUUAAAUAUUAUACUUGAAACUCUUCGUGCGCGGUUUCAAUUAAGUUUAGUGUUUUUGUUGCUAUUGUUUUUUUUCGUGAGCAGCGCGUAGGUGGAGCGUGCUACAGCAUGUGGCUAUUAAAACGCGACAUUUAACAACAGCUCGGAUUACUUGAAAAUUUCGCAAAAUAUUUUGUUUUGUAAUGUUGGCAACAUUUAUUUGUUGUAGUCGCUGGAGAGGCGUGGGCAACAGUUGCAGCCGCGAUAUGUUUACAUUGUGGCCGUUCAAGUGGACUCUGCUGUUGUUGCUCAUGUUUCUCAUUAACAAAGUGGCAGCGAAAUGGCCACCUGACGCACCGCUGCGCUACUAUCCCCAGCACAGGCCUCGCCAAUACUUUGACGACUUUGCAAUUGAUUCGCGAAAUUUUGACAAUGAAAACUCUAUUGACGGAAACGGAAAUGCCGUAUUUGGCAAAACAAUCGCAGAUGAAAUGACGUUGCGAGAUUUAUUGCAAUCAAAUGAUAUUGAAUUCCCAGCCGAGGAAAGACGUCAGCGGCAACUGCAUUGGCUGGGCAGUUGGUUAUUUGGACAAAUGCGACCGGAAGCGAUGCGAGCGCAACAACAAACAGGCGARUCGAAAACGUCACAACAACAGCAGCUGCAGUUGGCAUAUACACCAAGGUUAGUCGUGCCCUUAGAACCGGCACAAAAGCAACAACAAACACAGCAACAAAAUGAUUAUGACAUWCACGACAACGCAGAUAUUGUUGUCUACAAGAAGACGCCCGAAUUUGUGCCAGGUGAGGAGAAGAGACCUUCACCUGAAAAGGAUAAAGGUGAGAAUAWURUCGUCGCGACUAAUGCGCUGGAAGAGGGUGGGGAGAAACGCUAUAAAACAAUUGACACCUUAACGGAUUAUGAUUACAAACUGGAUAUGAGUGGAGAUAAUGGACGGUAUAAAAUCGAACAACCGUUACGUUCCAAACGUAUUUUAUACGCGCGUAAUAUUGGUCUGGAUUCUGGUUAUAUACCCUACACAGCAUAUCAGCACGAACGACAACAAGAGCUUAACGAGGCAAAGAAGUUGGCUUAUAAACGCAACAAAACCGGCAAUAUGGAUCAAMGGAACUUUCUGCCCUCCAUUAGCGCUGGCGCCAUGACACAUCUGGGCAACUUCUUUACGGAUCUCUCGAAGAAUGUGCGCUACAAUGAGAAAUCCCAACCGUUGAAUCAUGAGGAGGCGAAAUUGCUCGAAGGUCAUCAUCCCUUGCGACAGCUGCAUGAGCGUAUGGUCGGUGAACAUGAGGCAAAUGCGGAGUUAUUGCAUGCGAUUCGGACAUAUCGGCCCUCGCAAAAGAUCCGCUCUUUGGUGGCGAUGAAUCCGCGCGGCUAUCAUGGCGCACAAUUUAUCGAUCCCAAUUACAUGUGGGUGGGUUUGGGUAAAUAGCGACACGCGCGGCGGCGUUGUGGUAGCUGGCAUUGUGCCAUUGAUCCGCCUUGUUGGCAUGGAGUAAGAGAAUGAGGUUCUCAAGUGCCCUGCUCUCCUUCUCAUACACUCCACUCCACUCCACACAUUCCACCACACUCCACCACACCGCGUUUGAAGAGUUACAACGAAACACCAUGGAUGCAAAUAUGUUAAUUAGAAUGAAGCAAAUAUGUCUGUGAAUAUGAUUGGCUGAAGUCUUUUCCAUCCCUCAGUUUUAUAUAUUGAAUUUGUACCGAUGUGUUGUAUUCUUUUUUUUAAUUCUUUUUGAGAAAAUUUCGAGUCAAAAGUGUGUAUGCUCCUUCUCCGCACCUAAAAUUCAGCUCAUUAUAAAUAAUAUCCUUAAAAUGUGUGAAUUUAUUCGUAAACAAAUAUUCAAAUGGUAUAUACAUACAUAGAUACAUAUAKUAGUAGCUGCAA